AGAGAGGACUCUGAGGUGAGACGUACAAAGACGGUAAAGAGGAGACGUGAAGCUGAAAAAUGUCUGACGUGAAUCCACAGAGAGGUCGAUCCCGACGGGGUAAUUACCAUGAGCAGAGGCUCCAGCCGCCACGACGGGACCAAGUCAGGCAGAGAAGAGCUGGGACUCGGCACAUACUGAACGAAAGCCUGUUGAAGAUGAUUGUAUCAAAUCUGCAGCCCUUGGAGAUCACAGCAGGUGAUAACUUUCUGGGUUUUGUAGAAGCGCUAAACCCCACUGUUCAAAUUCCUACCAAAGCUGAGAUUCGCUCAGAGCUUCUCACUGUUUACAAGGAAAAGGAAGAAGAGUUGCGACGCAGCUUGGCCUCUGCUGAUGACAUUGUGCUGACCUGUGAGUUGUGGUCUUCAAGACCUGAAGACCCCUACCUGACGGUGGGUUGCCACUUUGUGGAUCGCAAUGGGAAACGCAAGUCCUACAUGCUCAAAACUACCAGCCUGUUUGGAGACGAAUCUACAGCCAACAUUAAAAAGCAGCUCUUAGGUGUCAUGGAGGCUUGGGGCGUGAAAGAAAAGGUCCACAGUGUCGUCAGAGCUGGCAUGCCACAAAUGAAAAAUGUUCAAGUGGAGUGGACAGACAUGCCUUGUUUUGCUGACACUUUAGAUGAGGUAUUUAAGGAUCUGAAGAGGAACGACCAGCUGUUGGACGUUCUCAGAAAGUGUCAGAACAUCGUCAGGUUCUUCAAGAACGAUUCUGAAGCUGAGGAGAAGCUCAGAAAGAUUCAACGCCAGCUGGGUAUGAGACAAGACGAGCUGGUCAUGUACUCAGGUGACCAAUGGUUCGCUUGGCUGCACAUGCUUCAGCGCCUGCUUCAGCAGUACAGAGCCAUGGUGAUGGUGCUCGACGAGGGAGGCAAGACAGAUUUAAUUCUGAAUGAAGAAGAAAAAGAGAAACUCAAGAACGUGAUAUCUGCUCUGGAGCCUCUAAAGGAAGCUACGUCCAAGAUGAAAAGUGGAUUCGAGACUAUUUCUGUCAUGUUACCACUGCUGACGACGCUCAUGGAGAAACUUGACAAAGAGAAAAGGAAAAGCAAUAAUGUUGCUCAGAUUUUACUCUCAAAAUGUAGAAAGGAGUUCGGUGAUGUCAACAACCACCAGCUGGCCCCCAGCACAUUCCUUGAUCCACGAUACAAAAACCGUCUGACAGAUAAAAACAAAAGACAAGCAAAGGAUAAAAUACUGAAGGAGCUCACCGCAGGUCGAAACUGCUCUCCCGCUCAAGUGUCGAAGUUCAAAGACAUGCUGGAAAGGUACAUGUCCUAUGAGUCGUCCUCAGAGGAGUCAAACCCUUUAGCCUGGUGGAGGUACAACGGAAUGGAUCAUUUUGGUGAAUUAAGCCAGCUGGCUCUGAAAAAACUUGGGGUUGUCUCGACUGCUGUGCCCUUAGAGAGAGCCUUCUCCGGGGCAGGUGAUCAGUUCUGCAACCAAAGGAGCGCCAUCGAGCCCGAAAACCUCAACAUGAUCCUGUUCCUCAACAGCAACUGGUCCAAAGAGUCUUAGAGACAAACCUACUGCUCUUUCAGCUGAUUAAAACACACACACAUUUUUUACAAAGACACUUUCCUAGAGGAAAUACACGUCAUAUGAACUUUGAAAACACAUCAUAUAGUAAAACUAGAGAACACUCCACUGAAGCUAUACAACUGUUAAAUGCCCAGAUGAAUGCAGCGACUCACAGGUUUUAUAAAUCAACACUGAGGGGAAACCCAGUGUCUCAACUCUGCCUGAUUUAAGAUUGUAUUAAAAAAUUUAAUCUCUUUACAAAAGCCUCUCCACCAUCAUCCCUGUGCCAAAGUCUUCAAAGAUCACCUGCCUCAAGACUUCAGACUUGUUGCCCUGACAUCUAUAGCUAUAAAAGCAUUUGAGCGUAGCAUCCUAUCAUACCUGACACCCAGCUCCUCCCCCUGAAGGAUCCAUAUCAAUUCCCCUACCAACGCCACCGGUCUGUUGAAGGUGCAGUCAACACAGCCUGGAAUCACCGAACACCUACACAGGCCUCCUGUUCAUAGACUUCAGUUCUACCUUUAAUUAAAAAGUCUUUACCACACUUUUGGAUCUGAACACUGACCCAUCCACAUGCCCCUGGACUCAGAGCUUCCUGUGGACCAGACCACAGAGACCCUCUGUCCCUCAGCCCAGGAGCUCCUCAGGGCGAUGUUCUUCCCCCUGGUUUUUCUCACUUCACAUCCAAGGACAGGUCUGUGGAAACAAUUCAACCCGCUGAUGGCACAACCACUGAAGACCUCAUCCCCAAUAAUGAAGAACGCAUGCCACUAACAUGCAUUACCAUGAUUAUCUGAUGUCUGAUGUGGUCCAUUUAUUCAUUACAGAGAAUAACCAAAGACAAAAGCCUCCAAACAUACUGGUUAUCUAUCUAUUCAUUGUGAUAUUUUCAUUAUUGAUUAAUCUCCUAAUACUUUUUUCAAUUAACUGAUUGUUUUGUCAAUAAAAUG